AUGAACAUAGCAAUAUUUCGUUCGUUGAGAAAAGAUGAAAUAUUUCGUUCGUUGAGAAAAGAUGAAAACCCUACAAAGUACAAACUUAACCGGCUCAGGUACCGUCUGAAAGAGAUAACGCCGCACUACGAACACAUCAUGAAAGUGAUAGGCGAAAGAUACCCCGGUGUUGUCAUUAUUGAUAGGACGCCUUCGCAGCCGAUCCAAGUUCUAGAUCAAGUCUUACAAGACUUCUUCAUUCCAUCGUGGUUACGCUCACCGUGUCAGUUUGAUCGUACGUUAUUUUUCAAUGGUGACUUUGAACCAUAUGUUGAUAAGUCUCAAGAACAGCUAUCGCAUGCAAUGAGCGAUGUCAACAAGAAAAGAGGUGACUGA